ACUUAGUGCGCUCUCGCUGACGCUCGUGAGUGGGACGGUGCCGUGCCGUGCCGUGCGUGCAUCGAGUGUGCGUUUAUUAACAAUUAUUCCCGCCUUUCCCGAAGCUGUAACGUCUGGAUCCGCGCCGGGAUCGGAUUUCCCCCGGGACCCUCUUCGACGGUGUCGUUUGGACACGGGGACCACCGGCCGAUCCACACGACGGCUGUCAGCCUGUCACACACACACACGCGAAUACUUAGAAGAGGAAGACGAUGCGCUAACACCGUUCCCGUUUUCUGCGGGUGAAAACCAGGAUUAGAAGAGAUAGAGAAAUAUAGAAAGAGAGAGAGAAAAGAAGAAGAGGACACGCGAAUCGAUAGCAUACGAUUUUGGUGGUGUCGUCGGGUCAGCUGGUGGUGCUUUCAUCGCCCGGUAUAAUCAAGUCGCCUCCUUCUUCUUCUUGUCUUGGAAAGCAUUAACGCGGAAGUGCCACCGGCGCUGAGAAGUCACCACUCUUUUUCCGCGAUGAGAGACACCGGUAAUCAGGCCAAGUACGAGCAGCUCUUGGACGACGCCGGCCUCGAGAUUCGCAACGACGACAAGGAGCGCAACGACGAGAAUGCUGCUGCGACGCUAGACGAGGGUAAAGAACAAGAAAUGUGGUUGACAACCGCCGAAUCGGCCAGUCUCGGAGCGGAGGAGGUAGCAGCCAGAUUACAUGUUGACGUGCGAACGGGGCUCAGAUGGCAAGAGGCCGACCAUAGAAGGCAACUGGCAGGCUUCAAUGAGUUCACCGUAAAGGAGGAGGAUCCACCAUGGAAGAAAUACAUCGAACAGUUCAAGAAUCCAUUGAUUCUUCUCCUACUCGCCUCUGCAUUCGUCAGUAUAUGCAUGAAGCAAUUCGACGACGCCGUCAGUAUUACUGUGGCUAUCAUAAUAGUGGUGACAGUUGCAUUUGUACAGGAAUACCGAUCGGAGAAAUCUUUAGAGGAAUUGAAUAAAUUGGUACCACCAAUAUGCCACUGCUUAAGGGAGGGCCAUGUAGAGACAUUUCUCGCGCGUAAUUUAGUUCCUGGUGAUAUAGUGUAUUUAAAUAUUGGAGACAGAGUACCUGCCGAUAUCAGAAUAUUCGAAGCUAUAGAUCUGGCGAUUGACGAGAGUAGCUUUACUGGGGAGACCGAACCGGCGCAAAAGUCGACGGCCCCUUUGCUUAAGACUAAUGGGUUGACGUCAAAGAGAAAUAUUGCCUUCAUGGGCACUUUAGUACGCUGUGGAAACGGCAAGGGAAUUGUAGUGAAUACGGGAGAAAAGAGUGAAUUUGGGGAGGUUUUCUCGAUGAUGCAAGCUGAGGAGGCACCAAAGACUCCACUACAGCGAAGCAUGGACAUUUUAGGUACUCAGCUGUCCUUUUAUUCGUUCUGCAUUAUCGGUAUCAUCAUGCUGCUGGGCUGGAUCCAAGGUAAGGCUAUCCUUGAGAUGUUUACCAUUGGUGUAAGCUUGGCAGUAGCAGCUAUACCGGAAGGCUUGCCUAUCGUCGUGACUGUGACACUAGCACUGGGAGUGAUGAGAAUGGUUAAGAGAAAAGCAAUUGUAAAGAAGUUACCAACCGUUGAGACUCUCGGCUGCGUAAAUGUGAUAUGUUCUGAUAAAACCGGAACGAUCACGAAGAACGAGAUGACCGCCACGAUUCUCGUUACGUCGGAGGGUUACAUCGCGGAUGUUACUGGAGCAGGAUAUAACGGUGUGGGAGAAGUACACAUACGGAAGUGUGAUAGUCCUGAUCUCGCACACUCUGCUAUCAGUAAUAUGCUGGAAAUAGGUUGCGUGUGCAAUAACGCUAUCGUACAGAAUGACAUUUUGCUGGGACAACCGACGGAAGGCGCGCUGAUAGCAGUGGCAAUGAAAUUCGGAAUGUAUGGUGUCGCUGAUAGAUAUUUGCGAUUGCAAGAAUAUCCAUUUUCUUCCGAACAAAAGAUGAUGGCUGUGAAAUGUACACCGAAGUUUGGUGAGAACAGACAAGAGGUAUACUUUGUAAAAGGUGCUUUGGAAAAAAUCUUGCCGCAAUGUACAAAGUAUUACGAGAAUGGUCAAGUGUAUCCCCUUAGUCAGAAGAAAGAUCAGGAAUUCUUGACAGAGGCAUAUGAUAUUGGUCAACAGGGGUUGCGAGUGAUUGGUCUAGCACGUGGCUCUUCGUUACAAGAUUUAAUUUACAUCGGCCUGGUUGGUAUUUGUGACCCACCAAGACCAUAUGUGCGCGAAUCUAUCAGCAUUCUGGUAAACAGCGGUGUUAAGGUGAAGAUGGUGACUGGUGAUGCAAAGGAAACUGCAGCUGCGAUAGCUAGCAUGAUUGGCUUGGAUAUACUUCACAGUCGGCUGUUAUCGGGAGACGAGAUCGAUAUGAUGUCCGAGCAUCAAUUGGAACAGUGCAUUAAUAGCGUUAGUGUAUUUUAUCGAGUAACACCAAAGCACAAACUUUGUAUCAUAAAAGCCUUACAGAGGAACGGCAACAUAGUGGGUAUGACCGGCGACGGUGUGAACGACGGGGUUGCGUUGAAGAAGGCCGAUAUAGGCAUUGCUAUGGGUAAAAAUGGGACUGACGUAUGCAAGGAAGCGGCCGAUAUGAUUUUAGUCGACGACGAUUUCGCGACUAUUAUCGCGGCGAUCGAGGAGGGAAAAGGAAUCUUUCACAACAUUCGCAAUUUUGUCAGAUUUCAAUUGAGCACUAGCAUAGCCGCGCUUUCUCUGAUCGCUCUUGCGACAUUGAUGAGUAUACCGAAUCCUUUGAACGCUAUGCAAAUACUGUGGAUCAACAUCAUUAUGGAUGGUCCCCCCGCUCAAAGUCUUGGAGUGGAACCUGUUGACAAGGACGUUCUGAAGCAAAAGCCUCGAAAUACAAAGGAGCCAAUGAUUACGCGUCAUCUCAUAAUUAACGUCUUACUAUCCGCUAGCAUCAUCAUUCUUGGCACUUUAUGGGUGUACAACAGAGAGAUGGUUAAUGGAAAUACCGCGAGAGAUACUACCAUGACAUUUACUUGCUUCGUAUUCUUCGACAUGUUCAACGCUCUUAGCUGUAGAUCACAGACGAAAUCCAUAUUCACGAUCGGUCUGUGGAGUAAUAAAAUGUUCCUGGUAGCCGUAACGCUCUCUGUUAUCGGACAAAUGUUCGUGAUCUACUUUCCUCCGUUGCAGAGAAUAUUUCAGACUGAGGCUCUCACGGCAAAAGAUCUUCUAUUCCUGGCGGCGUUGACAUCGAGCGUCUUCGUCAUCAGCGAAAUAAAGAAGUUUAUCGAGAGACAAUUGCAGAGACGUCGCGUCAAUGGCCAGUAUUAUAACAAGUUCGAAAUGGACUUUGUAUGACAGUUACAGUCUGCCGGCGAGAGCAAGGCGGACAAACAUCAUAAUGAAUAAGCGCAUCAAUUAUCGCUGGGCGUCAGUGUAUGCAGUCGAUCGCGUUCGUUUAUAACUGACACAUUAUACACGUCUCGCUAACUCACGUCUACUCGACUGUGCUUGCACGUUCGUAACUUCGUCACGUGGCACCUCUAUCACAAAAUAGAAUAAUAAUAAUAAUAAUAAUAUCCUUUCGAUAACAGUUCCAAUGUAUCGAUUGCGCAGUGUGACUGCAGUUUUUUUUACUAUUUACAGAUUGUCGAUUCUAUUUUUCCCAGCACAUUGUGCACGUAGAAGAGAAAAGUGACAAAAGAAAACAUUUCGGGCGAUUGUAGCAGUAGGUUACAUAGACUAUAGCUAUUAGACUAAUUUCAUUAUUGUCCCUAUUCAGACUGUAAGUCCACCACAUUUCACAGUGUUAGCGUGGCUACUGCACAUUCCACAUGCACGUUUGAUAGAUCAAUGACUUUUAACGAUAUAUUCUAUCUGUAAUAUAGUCUCUCUCUCUCUCUUAGAGACUGCAGUCCAUAGUAAUGUUCGCACUGAAUCGUAAUCAUUCUAUCUUACACCUUUUUCUAAAUAUUGUAACAGAUUUUACGCCUCACUCAACAAAGAGGUAUCGAUUUUAUUCAUUUGUUCAUUCAUUGUCAGUCCGUUCACGCUAGAGGAGAAGCGAGUCAUGCAGCAUUUUACCGAGUAAGAACAAGACAGAGAUAAGCGUAUUGUAAGGAAAACCAGCCAUACAAAUCGAUUGCAUUUAACAUACAGUUGUAAUCGACGAAAAUAAAUGCUCCUACAAUGUUCCUUAUUAAUUCCACGAUUUUGUGAACGUAUCUUUUCGAUGGCAGGAUAACAUAAUGCAAAUUGCACUGACAACGAGAAUAUGAUGCAUUUCUCCAAAUAGCACAGCAGCUAAUUUAUAUUCGAGUGACAUACAAUUGUAACAGUUCAAUUGUGCCAUCGAAAAGAUACUCGUGUGUUGCAUUAUACAGAUAUAUUAAUUCGUAUUAAUAUUUUCUCAUGAGUAUAUAUAUUAAUGAAUUGAUCACAACAUAUGAUGUUGGUACAUGUUACGUUAUAUGUAUGCAAAUAUUUUUUAUAUUCAAUUUUCUAAAAAUUUAAACAAAAUCAUCUUUUAAUGAA